AUGAAGCUUGUGAGAAUUCAGGACAGCUUUUUGGACGUUAUUAGUGACGUGGAGUCUGGCCGUGUGAAUCAUGAAGAUGUUUGGGCUGAAAUAAUUGAUGGCAAAACCAAACCUAGCAAGUUUAGAGUCUACAAGGACAAGCUAGAACCACUCAGUCCAGGUUUGACGUUACGUAAGCUAGAUCACUGGAAAUAUCAGCUCUCAGAUGAAGAGUCAACAUUGAAAUGUGUCUUCCCCGUAGAAAAGUAUGACUUUAUUUCGCAUAAGCUCACGUCUGUCAAUGUUACGGCAAAAUGCAAUUUUGUUGUCGGAGACCGCAAUGGCCGACUGUUGUAUGGAAAGCUGGGAUCAAAGAGGGAUGAGUUGAAAGAAGUAAUGGCUCAUGAUGGUGGGAUCGUAAAGGUCCUUUAUUUUCCAUCUGAUAAGGUCCUGCUUUCCGCUGGCUUGGACAUGAUGCUAAAAAUUUGGGAUUGUGAGACUGGAGACAAUGCAAGAACUUUUUCAGGACAUCAGGCAUCGAUUACGGACUUCAACGCACAAUUGAAACUGUGGGAAUGCUCUAGUGGGAUGAGCGUUGCCUCGAUGGAUUGUUUGUGUGGAAUUACCGCUGUCAAAAUACAUGAAGACAGGAGUCAGGCCAAUUCAGUGGUGAAUACUCGUAUCGAAAACCUCUUUGAGGUUGAAGGAAAAAUUGCCAUCUGCGGUUUAGAGAAUGGUGAUGUGAAGUUCUGGAGGAUUGCUGACCAAGCUCUCAUAAAACAUCUAGAUACAAGUAAUAAGACUGCAGUUACCGAUCUGGCUAUCGCUGGGGAUGCCGCGUAUGUAGGAUAUUCCAAUGGCAAAUUAUUGGAAAUUGGAUUGACAGAUUUCAAGAUCAAGGAGCUAGUAGACGUUGCAGAAAGAAUUGACAAUGUUAAGGUCAUUGGUUCAUAUAUUGUGAUUUCCUUUGGUUUCGGAAAUCUGGUUGGUUAUAAUAUCAAGGACACAGAAUCCCCAAUUUAUUUCACUGGCCUUGAGAAUGACGUACCAGUAGCAGAUAUUUGCAUUCAGAAUAAGUCUAUCUACGCAGUUGGAAAAUAUGGUCUAUUUCAAGAGUUCCUGUUGUAG